GUCGCGCGUGCACGAGCGAGCGGAGGGACAGGCGGCGACGCCAUCGGCGUCGCCGUCGCCGUCGCGCCUCGGUAGAACCCAGGACCUGGACGGCGGUGAUGCGGAGGCGGCGAUGGAGGCGGAGUGGCGUGCGCGGUGCGAAGAGGCCAACAUCGUGGUGGAGACCAGGGAGGCCGAGCUGCAGCUGGCAACGAUGCAGGUGCGGGAGCUGGAGGAGGAGUGUCGCCGGCUGCGAAGUCAGGCGCAGGAGCACAGAGACGCGCAGCCACACCUGGGCAGCGCAAGCGCCGGUGACACCGGGGAGGAGGUGGAGUCGCUGCGGCGCCGGCUCGGCGAGAACCAGGAGCUGCAGCAGCAGCAGGAGAAGCUCAUCGCCACUCUGAGAGAGGAGCUGGAGGAAGCGAUGAUGAAACGGCCGCAUGAAAUUCGGCAUUCUCUAGACGAGCUGGACGGGGAGCUGAGCGUCGUCCGUGCGGAGAUGGAGCGCGUGUGGGACGAGCUCCGGAGCCGUGAUGCUGCCCUGGAGGACCAGCAGCUGGAGCUGACCUCCACGCGCGCCCAGCUGGCGAGCUGCAGUGCGGAGAGACAAGGCCUGGAGCAAGAGGUCGCGACCUUACGGAGGGAGCUCACUCACAAGGAGGAGACGUGUGGCAGCAGGGAGCGGGCGCUGGCAGCCGAGAAGACCCAGCUGACGGUGAAGCUCACGGCGCUGGAGAUGAAGGUGUCGGAGAGGGAGAUGCUGGAUGAGAGCCGGGCGCGCUCGGGCUCCACGCUCACGGAGAAGCUGGAGAGCCUUGAGCGUGAGAACCGGGAGUUCCGCCAGCGCCACAACAAGGCCCGGGCGCAGGCCGAGGAUCUGGCGGCCAAAGUGCAGGAUCUGUCGCGGCUGAACCUGGCACUGCAGGAGGAGCGCGACCACGCGCAGCGGGAGCUGCGGCAAAUCUGCAGCGGGUUCCAGGACCUGCGGGACUCCACGGAAAUUCAGAAGCUGCGUGUGCGGGAGUUGGAGGGAGUCGCCCGGCAUCUGCAGAAGGACGACCAACUCAAAACCACCCAGCUGACGGCGUUGGUGAUCGAGCUGCGGGAGCUGCGCAAGGCGUACCAGACGGUGUCGGGUGCGGAGCCGAGCGGCGGGGACCCCUCGCACGCUGACUGGGUGUCACGCUCGCGCAUCAUCCGGAACGCGAUCGAGGCCAUAGAGGGCCAGGCGGGACGCGUGCGGGUGCUGGAGGAGGAGCUGCGGGCCGUGCGGGCCACGCCGGGGUUUGAGAGCCUGGAGGCCGAGCUCCAGCAGCUGAGGAAGGACGCACAAGCAAACUCCAAUAAGGUGACGGCCUUGGUGAUCGAGCUGAAGCUGCUGAAGGAGAAAAACAAGAAGCUCAUGAGAGACAAAAUCCAUCUGGAGCAGAGGUUGGAGGAUGGCGGCCUGUCGCACGACUUGUCACCCGACCUGUCAUACGACCUCUCGCAUGGGGGGAGGGGCAAGCAGGCGUGGGGCUCCACGCUCGCCGCAGAGGCGGGCGAACGCCCGUCCCAACCGACGCAACUCCGCCCCGCCGCAGGGCACGCCACGACGUCGCCUCGCGAGGAGCGGCCCUCGCCGCUCCUCGCGUCGGCGUCGCCCACGGUGGCGUCGGCGUCGGCGUCAUCGUCACCGCGCACGACGUUGGGGUCGUUGGGGUCGGUGGGGUCGCAGGGGGGGCGCUCCGGGGGGACCCCGCAACCGAUCGGACGCCCCCGCCACUCGAGCCUGUCCCCCGUCCGCCGCGCGGAGAAGGCCACGCGCGGACACCGCGCGUGGCCUCGCCGCUCGCCCCUGUCUCACGAGGACUCAACGGAGGGGUCCCAUCGAGAGGACCUCGUGGCCGGUAGGAGAAGUGAUGUGGAGGAGGGUGAAGAUGAUGUUGGCGAUGAUGAUGAGGAUGAGGAUGCAGGCGAAGGUGCGAUGUACAACACUGGGGAGUUUGGUCAGCUGCGCUCCACCCCGCUCCCGGCUGGGGUUCCCGAGCUCCCGGCGUUCCGGUCGCUAUCGCCCCUGGCAGGGGCCCCUGUGUCACCCCCUGAGGCCUGCGACCAGGCCGGCCGGACCGGGGCAGCUGUCUCCCAGGAGCAGUGAGAUGGGUGCUAAAUAAAGACAAAUGGGUUUAAGCAAAAAUAAUUCAAUGGGGGUGUGUGAAAUGCUGCUGAUGUGUUGUUUUCUGUUGCUGUUGUUUGUUCACCAUCGUCUGAAGCUAACUUCUUGUCCACCCUUUCACUCCCGCACGAGGGCAAGUUGGGCCAGGGUUAGGGAUGUUGUAGCCCCCAACUCGCCCUGGACCUCGCUCUGAUCUAAUCCCAGCAAAGCCAUCGGGGAAAUGUGGUCUCCUGCACAUUGAGGACGUGGGUACCAUGAGAGAGGCCUUCAACACAAUGAGGACCUGGGACCAGUGUUAGGCCUCCGCCACAAACAACAGGAUGGUUCGGUCCCAUAACGGAGACCCACACAAUUGUGCACAGUGAGAAACCUCCAAACCGAGGACCUCCUAGUAAACGUGGGACGUCGGUCCAACAUUUGGUCCCGACUGUCCCGACAACAUGCCAAAGGUUAUCCCAACGUCGCAUGUUUACUGGGGCCGGUGGCUUGGAGACAGGUCGACGUGGCCGAGGGCCCGAGCGCCAUGAGAGAGGCGUUCACGGUGAGGGGUGGGUCGCGUUGCGUCGCACAGUUGAAGGGACAGGGUGCCCCUUGGCUCCCGGUGUGAACGGAGGCGAAGGGAAAUCACCCGGCCCUGGUCCCCAGGCCUCCCCGCACGAGUGGGGCGAGUAGGAGGGGAGCGGGUGCGAGUCCAGGGGUUGCUGUGUUGCACCGUUUGAGAUGUUGUGUGCCACAAAUGUCUCGUCAGUUUAUACGUGCGCUAUUGUGAUUUUUUUUAAUAAAUGGUUUUUUGCAUGUAAUGUUAUUACAACUAGCAAUGAUUAUAGAAUUUGCACUCUUAGAUAACAUUCAUGCGUGAUUUAUAAUUGUAAAAUGUUUUGAAUAAAAAAAAUCUUAUUUUUGUUUGAAGUGAAUAAAGGUUUUAUUUUA